GGUAGGUUUGGGUUCGGAGAGAGGUUCGGAGUUUGAAGAAGGAGAAGAAGAAAAGAAAGAUAACAAGCACUUGGCACUUGCAUAGCUUUAGCCUCCAUCACCCGCCACUACAAAACUAUGCCCCCACUUCCUUCUUUCAACCUUUUUCCUUCUCUUUCUCUCUCUCUCAACUCUAUUACUUCCUAAAAUUUCUCUUUUUCUCUUCUUCUUUUCACCUCUAUUUCAUCACUUUCUUCCUAUGCUAUCGUAGCCCAAACGAACAUCCACAACAAUUAUAUAUGAGAGGUUUCAAUGAAGAACAUGGUGUUGUGGGGGGAAAGGAGGAAGAAAACUCGUGGCCUUCCUGGCUGCGGCCACUUCUCAAGACGAGUUUUUUUGUUCAAUGCAAAGUCCACGCUGAUUCCCACAAGAAUGAAUGCAAUAUGUAUUGCUUGGACUGUGUGAAUGGAGCCCUUUGUUCUGCUUGUCUUGCUUCCCACAAAGAACACAGAACAAUCCAGAUAAGGAGAUCUUCAUACCAUGAUGUGAUAAGGGUGUCUGAGAUACAGAAAUUUCUGGACAUAACAGGCGUCCAAACUUACAUUAUUAACAGUGCCAAGAUUGUGUUCUUGAAUGAAAGGCCCCAACCAAGGCCUGGAAAAGGGGUCACCAAUACCUGCCAAGUCUGUGACCGCAGCCUUCUUGAUUCCUUCAGCUUCUGUUCUCUUGGUUGUAAGAUUGUUGGAACCUCCAAAAAGUUCCGGAAGAAGAAAAUGUUAGGUGAGACAGAAGGGUCUGAUGGUGAAGAAUCAGUGAACGGCAUAAGCAAUGUAAAUGGCAGAAGCAAAAUCCAUAGCUUUACACCUUCAACACCACCACCAACAGUGGCUAAUUACAGAACUGCAAAGAGAAGGAAAGGAAUUCCACACAGAGCUCCAAUGGGUGGAGGGCUGAUUAUAGAAUACAACGUUGUAUAGUGGUUUUGUGUCAUUCACCAAUCAAUAUUUAUACCAAAAAGAUACAGCAGUUGUUACCACUUCCUUAGUUGGCACCAUCUCAAAAAUAUGCACAUUAUCUCAUGUAGUUGCAAUACCUGUGCCCUGUCACUGAGGCCGGUGUUGGAAACUACUGCUCUAUCUUGUUGUAUAGGACAAAAACAAUAGGAAGAAAAAGUUGUGUCAAAAAGCAAGUAAUAAUAAUAUAACAUAGAGUGGGGGUACUUUAUGUUUGUGUAAGAAUGGCAUUUGGGUACUGGUAUGUGAUGCUAAAUGUACAUAGUGGCUUGUAGAAAGGAAUUGUAUAGCAUCAAAUUAGACAAUAAAAAAAUAUUAUGAACUCAUGAUGGGUAUUAA